CCAGAAGUACUUCCAUCCUCAAGAGAGUUAAACGGAAGAGAACUGUGUGUCUAUCAACGGAUUCAUCACUUGACAGCCAAAAAAAAAAAAAAAAGAAAAGAAAAGGAGGAGGAGAACCUCAAACAGUCCAUUAAUCCUGAUGGAGCACCAGAAGUUUCAUGGUGAACAGUCAAAAUUUUGUCUGAAUGUGGACAGUGAAAACAUGGAAACAUCGAACACAGAGGCGGGUUCACUUAAUCCAGAAGAAGAAAUGUUUAAGAAAAGGGCUGUUGUGGCUGGUGAGGCUUUUGAAAUUCCUAAAAUAAAUUGUGUUGACAAUGAUGAUAAUGAUAAAGGAAGCAGAACUAUCCAAAGUGAAACAUGCUUUGGUGUUGGUGAUGAUUUGGAUGACAAUUGUAUUAAAGAACUCAGUAGCACUCUAAAAAUCCCAGCUCUUGAGGCAUUGGGGGAAAAUGAGAAGUCACAUAGCAUGAAAAGCUAUUUGGAAGUCCAAAGUCCAGAAGAAUCAGUAACAUUACAGGGAGCAAGACUGACUGGUUUGGAUGCUGUCAAAACAGAGUUUCAUCUUAAUAAUGAAGGAACCAAACUGAAAGAAUUGUUAAGUCAAAUGGACUUUUCAGGAAAUCUUUCGAACUCCUGGGACCAGGGAACUCACUCCAAGUUGCCCAUCAUUCCUGAUCUGAAAGAGGAGAAAGAGCUGUUUAGCUUUCAUCUCCCAGCUUGCAAUGAGCAGGUUACAGGCAAGAGAGUGGGAGAAACACAUGCCAGUGACCGUGUUUCAAAUGAAGAGCAGAGUGAACAGUCAGCAGUUAUUCUGAAUGUGGUUAACCAGAACAAGGUGUCGUCAGAAAGUGAAGUCAGAGUAUCUGGAGAGGGUUCAUCUUACAGCAGAAGCCCUUAUGUCAGAGAAAUAAAAGCAAAGGAAACCGAUUUUAGAGAAAAGAUGAUUGUGUCUGGUGGACCUUCUGAAAGUCCUAAGCAAAAUUGUGACAAUGACGAGAGGGGAAGCAGAACAAUUCUAAUUAAACCCUGUUACGUAGUCCUGAAAGACCUCGGGGAUGAUUCCUUUACAUGA